CAGUGGCUACAGGCUCACGCGUCUCUUCAGUCAGACACCAGGAAGUGAGGAGAGCAGCAGUGAGACAGAGUCAAGAGUCAGGGAAACAGUUUAAAGACUAAAAUCUAACUAACCCAGGUGAACAUGGCUGCUGAGGUCUUCUCCUACGAGAGUCUGGUUCACGCUGUGUCUGGAGCUGUGGGAAGCGUGACUGCAAUGACAGUAUUCUUCCCACUUGACACGGCCAGACUGCGGCUGCAAGUGGAUGAAAACAGAAAGGCCAGAUCAACUCCAGCCAUUCUGGCAGAAAUUGUCAAAGAAGAAGGACUUCUGGCUCCUUACAGAGGCUGGUUCCCCGUCAUCUGCAGCCUGUGCUGCUCCAACUUUGUCUACUUCUACUGCUUCCACAGCCUGAAGGCCAGAUUACUGAAGGGAAAACCGUCAGCACCCAGUACCGACUUAAUCGUGGGCAUCACUGCAGGUAUUGUAAACGUUCUCGUCACCACACCCCUGUGGGUGGUCAACACCAGACUGAAGCUUCAGGGUUCCAAGUUUCGUAAUGAAGACAUCCGGACAACCAACUACUCCGGCAUUCUAGAUGCGUUUGUGCAGAUUGUCCGCCAGGAGGGUGUUGGAGCUUUGUGGAACGGGACCUUCCCAUCCCUGCUGCUGGUGCUGAACCCUGCCAUCCAGUUCAUGAUUUAUGAGGGGCUGAAGAGGCAUCUGAAGAAAGGAGUUCCCAGGGAGCUGUCGUCCAUUGAAGUCUUCCUCAUCGGCGCCGUGGCCAAAGCUGUGGCCACCACUGCUACAUACCCACUGCAGACUAUACAGUCCAUCCUCAGGUUUGGACAAUACAGCAGGUCAACAGACGAGUCCAAAAUCCUGUCCAGUUUACGGUCUAUCAAGCUUCUACUGGUCAAUAGAAUCAGGAAGUACGGCAUGUUGGGUCUGUUUAAAGGCCUGGAGGCCAAGCUGCUGCAGACGGUGCUGACCGCUGCCCUCAUGUUCCUUCUGUAUGAGAAGAUCACCAGCUGCACCUUCAGCGCCAUGGGACUGAGCCACAACAACUACAAGAAACGCUAGCACGACGCUUCCCAGACGCUGACACUCGACUGCGUUCGAGCGUUGUAUAAAUGUAUGAAUCACUACUUAUGGACCCCGUGAUGGUGAGGUCGAGGAAAUCGGUCACAUGACGCUGGAAAAACUACUGAUUAUUAUCAGAGUCAUGAUCAGAUAAGAAGUGCUGUCCAUCGUGUAGAUGGGGCUUCACACACAGUUUA